AUGAUGAAUAACUUGCACAAGAGAAGCAGACAAGUACCAUUCGAAGAUGAAUGCAACGAAUCUGCCAAAAGAACCAAACUCGUUCUGUAUGUAGAUGAGUUGGAGCAAUUGAACUAUACCAAUAAUAAGGAAGAAUACAGCAGUAGUCUUAACUACUACUCACCAAGUACUUAUUUGGAAGAGUACUUUGCCACACAACCACAGUUCCAUGUCCAACCUUACAAUGAAGAAGAACAAGAUUGGAUAGAUGCUCCACGCAGUUGUACAAGAGAUUAUGUAGUUUAUUUCACUGAUAACCAUGAAGGACACGAAGAGGUUGAUGAACAAGAAUCAAUUUCAAAAAUCAAGUACAUUACUGAGUUACUCUCCGUUGUAAGAGAAUCGGAUUACUAUACCAAUAAGGAAACAGACUUCAAUCUACCAAAUACUACGGUUCUUAAUUUCUUUGAGAAUCUUCCAUGUGCAGCUCAGCAACAGGCACUUCCAGAAGAAACUGAUGGACAAUGUUGUUAA